AUGGCUGUAAUCACUUCCGAUAUCACCGUCCAUAUGCGGACCGAUCGGUCCAUAACACAGUUGAUGUUGGAGAAUCCAUCCAAUACAGAGCCUCAAAAGGUGAUAUGCGAAGAUACUUUGACGGGAAAAGACGUGAAAUACGGGAAAUUGCGAAGUGAUGCGUUCGAAGCAGCUCAUUCCUUGAGACAUCGGCACGGCAUCUCUCCUGGAGACGUCGUUACGAUUAUUGCCAGAAGCAAUGUUGACUACAUCCUAGCAACACAUGCAAUUUGGGCAGCAGGGGGUGUUGUGAGCACAAUCAACCAUUCCUCAGCGACCAAGGAGCUUGUGCAUGCUUUGAAAGUCGUGAAGCCAAAACUCAUCAUCGCGGAUGUAGUGGUGCUCAAAAAACUACAUGAGGCCCUUGGAGAGCUCAACCUGGGGACAAUGCCUAGUACUCUGACAAUGAUAGACCGCAAGCCUGGUUAUUCCUUGUUCCCUGAUGACCUUCUCGGCCACUCGAACCGCAUCGAGUCGGAGGCAUACGUACUUGACGGUAAAGACGCACGAAAUGUCUGUGCUGCGAUCGUUCUUUCCAGUGGAACAACCGGCCUACAGAAAGCUGUAAUGCUCUCUCAUCACAACCUUGUCGCUAUUUCUGAACAGCUGCGAGCCCAUAACCCAGAUAACUGGAGAGGUUCCAUGCGGGAGGUGUUCUUUCCACCCCUAUCACACAUUUACGGCCUUUACGUGUGCGCACUUCUUGGCCCAUGGCUCGGAUAUUAUGUCUGUCUGUUGACUUCUUUCGACCUGGAGACAUUUUGCCGCCUUUUACACGAGAAACGUGCUACAUUGGCUAGAUUGGUGCCUCCUGUCGCCCUGGGCCUUGCUGAGUCUCCAGUCACUGAGAAAUACACAUACCCCGAUCUUGAAUACUUUUCAUGUUCCGCUGCGCCGCUCAAGCCGCUAGUUGCAACGAAACUUCGAAACAAGUUCCCCGGUGUUAGCCUUUGCCAAACUUAUGGCUGCACCGAGCUCUCAUCCUGUGUGUCUCAGAGUGGUGUCAGAGACAAAGGAGCCCCCCUUGUGGCUACAGGAACUCUUCUUGCAAACAUCAAGAUUCGAUUCGUUGACGAUAACUGCAAAUAUGUCUCUCCUGGCGAUCCGGGAGAGAUCUGUGUGUCAUCGCCCACUAUCAUGAUGGGCUACAAGGACGAUGAGAAAUCUACGACUGAUGCCAUGCUAGAGCCAGGAUGGUACAGAACAGGUGAUAUCGGAUAUCUGGACUCCAAUGGAUAUUUGAUCAUCAUUGAUCGCAUCAAGGACGUGAUCAAGUACAAAGGGUUCCAAGUAAGUCCGACUGAGUUGGAAGAGAUUAUUGGACAGCAUGGAAACGUUGCCGAUGCCGCUGUGACUUCUGUUUGGGACGACAACGAAGCCACGGAGAUUCCUCAGGCCUUUGUGGUUCCGAAAGUCAAAGUCUUCUCAUCGGACCGCAAGAUACUUUCCGAAGAAAUUCAGAGAAUGGUCGCGAGUAAAGUUGCUGGGUACAAGAAACUUCGCGGGGGUGUCUUUUUCGUUGACCAGUUGCCACGGAAUCCAACCGGCAAGCUGCUGAGAAGGGAACUGCGCAACCUUGCACGAGUGAAGGCCAAUAUCUAG